AUGGCAACAUUUAUUAUUGAUAUGGCUAGACUUGAUCCACAUAUUAUUCGAAUACAUAUUGAUCAAAUAACUGAUUUAUUAACAGCAGAAAGUCAUCAUAUUCGUGUUGCAGCUUUAACAGCAUUUUGUUCUGUUAUUGAAAAACUUCUUUUAUCAGAUGAUUUAGAUGAUGGACAAAGAAAAAUGCGUAGUGAUCUUUUACAAAUAUUACGUGAACAUGUAUUUGAUGUAACAGCUUUUGUUCGUCAACAUUGUUUACAAUUAUGGAUAUCAAUUGUACAACAAAAAAAAGAUUCAACUUGUGCAGUUCGAAAAGAUGCAGUAACACUUAUUAUGCAUAUGGUUCUUAAUAAUUUUUAUUUUGUUAUUAAUUCAACUCGAGCUCAAUUUGAAGAAAGACAAAAUGAUGCUGAAACACAACUAGAUGAACUUCGUACAGAACUUGAAAAAUUAAAUAAAAAUAAAAAUGAAGAAAAGAAAAUUGAAAAAAAAAUUCAAUCUGAUGAUGAUGAUGAAGAUAAAAGUAUUAAUGAUGAAAAUGAAAUGAAAGUUAAUAAUAAUCAAGAAGAAGAAAGUGAAAAAAAUAAUUCAAAUGAAGAUCAAUCACUUGGAGACACUCUAAAUCGAGUUAAAAUUGAAGAACAAAUAAUGCGAGUAGAAGAAAUUGUUAUUUUAUAUAAAGAUGGUCUUCGAUUUAUGGAUUUAAUUGAACAAGCAAAUCGACAUGUUGUUAAUUUACUUAAUUCUCCUACAUUAGGUAAUUGUAAACACGUACUAGAUUUUUUUGUUAAUCUUCGUCGUUAUCGUCUUGUGUUGGCAAAUAUUGAGCAAAGUGUACGUUUAAUGUUUAGUCUUAUUUGGUCUCUUGAUAAAUCGAUUUGUGAAGCAAUUACACAAGCUUUUGUUAAAGUCUAUUUUGAUGUUGCACCAACUGUUCCUCCACCACGUAUUUCACUUCAUCAAGCUCAUGCAAUAAUUCGUGCACUUAAAGGUGCAACACUUUUUGAAGAAUUAUGUUUUGAAGAAAUUCUUAAACAAUUAAUAAAAGGAAAAAAAAUAGCAACUGAACCUAUAACUAAAGCUUUAUGGAAAUUUUAUAAAGCACCAUCAGAUGAUAAUACAUGUGUCAUUGCUGAAAAAAUUCUUUCAUUUAUUGUUGGAAAUGAAGUUAGUUCAAAAUUAAAUCAUAUAACAGAUCUUAUUCAAGCUAAAGAAAAAAAUCGUCGUUUUGUAUAUAUUUCUUGUUUACUUUUACAAUUAUCAGCAACACCAAAAAAAGAUGGUGGUAAUGAUAAUGAUCAAAAUCAAUUAUCACAACAUCAUUCUCAAACAAAUGAAAAUUCAGCAUUAAUCUCUGUUGAAAUUGUUUAUUAUGUUGAUUGUACAAUUAAAGAUGAACUUUUACGUCGUAAAGAAGCUAAACAAUCAUUAUCAGAUAAUAAAAAAUUACAACAAAAAACAAAUAAAUCAAAUAAAAAACGAACAAAAUGUAAAACAUUAGAUGAAGAUGAUGAAAAUCAAUCAACAUCAAUUAAUGAUACAAUUAAUAAUUCAUUAAAUCUUACUGAAAAAUUUAAAUAUUUUAAAUAA